ACCAUGCCCAGGAGAAAUAAGCAGGGCACAGAAGUAGGCAAUUAUACAGCAGGGAGGAACUGGAAAUAGCCAGAGCAUGGAGGCAGCUUGCCGCCCGCCGAAAUGUCACGCAUGCCUUGUCUAUAUCAGAGGACCUUAAUAUAUCACUGGUGUGCUAAUAAUAGCAACGUAGCCUCUUGACCCUUUUGUACUGAUGCAGCCUGUCUACCUGAGGCACAGAUAAUGGCUUGUCACCAGAGGAAGUGGUUUUAGUGAACACAGAAGCUGUAAAGACUUGUAACAAGUAAAGGAAACAAAUUAUGGCAUAUGGAUAACGCAUAUAUUCUAUUCCGAGCUCACAUUCCCUCCAUUGUUUUGCAUGCCUCGCUUAUCACGAACUGGGGUAGCACCACUGCUAACGACACAACAUGACACAUUCCUCACCCCUGCAGACGUUAUAUGGCACGUUCCAAACAUGAAUGAUCAAAGGUGACCGUCAGCCCAUACCAUUUCAGGUCAGGGGGGUAGACUUGUUCAGACAAUCAAUAAAACAUCUGCAAUACCCAAAUUCUUUAGCUGUCAUUUGGCGUAGACUACAGAGAAAAUAUCAGUUGUUGUCAGUGUUCCAAGAAAAUGAUAGAGAAAUUAAUUCAGCGUAUACUAAAAUUGAUACAUGACGUCUGUUGUUUAUCAUCAUCUUAGAAGUUGUCAUGUAUUUAAUGAAUUUGAAUAAUUACUUGAGAUUGCUAGGCCAACGAGGUCAUCUUGACCGAUAUAGAAGCAGCCGGUUUUGCUCGCUGGUACCCACAGGCAUGCGGCAGUACCGGCGGGAUAUCCGGUGCCGCACGUUCGCUGAAAAACCUCGGAAUCUCUCGGAAUCUACCUCAUCCGAUGGGCAAGGACCCCCCAGGCAGGAGGAUGCGCAUGUUUCUUCUCCUCGUGGCGCUCAACGUUGCCGACUCCCACAUCUUCGCCCAGCCGACCACACAGCAGCUGGGCUGCCCCGGGUGUUGUGGGGGCGGCAUGAUGGACAACAGGUAUGCGCCCAACGGUUACGUCCAAACCAACCCCAUCCUACGCUCGGCCUUCUCUGUCGCACGCCAGACCUCCCUCAUGGGGGCCAUAGAAACGAGUCCGGUCCAGUUCGACAAAGUGUUCGUGAACGACGGAGGUGACUUCGACGGGAGUUCGGGAAAAUUCCGGUGCCAAAUUCCCGGGAUCUACUACUUCUCCUUCAACAUCCAGACGUACGACCACAAGUACGUGGAGAUUUCGCUCAUGAAGAGCGGGCAGAAACAGAUCACCCUGUACGCGGAGAGCGACGAGCGGAACAUCAUGCAGAGCCAGAGCGUGAUGCUCACGUUGAUCCGAGGGGACGAGGUGUGGCUGCAACUAAAGGAAGGGACGCACCACGCGGCACGCAGUUUCCAUGACAACAGGAUUACCUUUAACGGCUACAUGGUGUACGCCAACGUAUAGCAGCGAACAAGAUGGGACGAUUGAAAAGCAAAAGGACUGGUCAGGAUGGAAAAAAAGGAUUGAGGAGAAACAGAAACUGUAAGACACAACAGGUUUGUGCAAAAAAUGUGACAAAAAGAGAUGACAAAACAUUAACCUGGUGCUUUACAAACAUUACUGAUGGUAAGAUAGAUCUAAAGUAUACACUGCAACCUGCAGUUACCAUUAUGAAUAAUAUACUAUCUAACUGUAUCAACCAGACUUCAUCAUCUUAAACCAUGUGUGGCUGAUGCUUGAUGGAAAGUAGACAAUUAUAAUCUAUGAUUCCUCUCUUCCAUUAUACUGGAAGUUAGGACUGUCUUGAAAAAAAGACAGAAAGCUGCACAAACUAUAUGUGAGCACAUGUACAUGUGCCUUUUAAUCACCUCUAAAACAAUACUUGGACAAUCAACUUUAUAAGCUUUCUAAUA